AUGCCUUUGUCUUGCGAAGACAACACCUUCGGUCCCGUCAUCAACCACGGUUGUCGCGCUGCCUUUGACUUCACCCUCUUAUUCGAGCAAGCUAUUCUGUCGAUCGCUCCCUCUGCUCUGUUCCUUCUUCUCGCCCCGUGCAAUUAUGUCUUCCUGCUCCGAAGCCCGAGAAAGGUCCAACCGAGCUUUCUGGGCUGGUGGAAAAGCUACUGCAUCGUGGCCUUAGGAGCCAUACAGGUCGUACUGUUGGUGCUAUGGGCCCUACCCUCAGCACCAGCCACCAACGUCUCCGUUGCCGCUGCAGCGCUCGGACUCCCAGUUGCCCUCGCUAUGGGAUUGCUCUCGCAUGCUCAGCAUGUGCGAUCAGUGCGCCCGUCAACGCUGCUCAAUGUCUACCUGCUGCUGUCCCUGCUGUGUGAUAUCGUACAGACAAGGACACUAUGGCUCCUUCAUCGAGCCACCGCCAUUGCCGCUGUUUUCACGGCGUCUGUCUUUCUGAAACUCGUUGUGCUCAUGACGGAAGCCGCGGAAAAGCGUCGUCUACUCGAGGGCAAGCAUCAAGAUGCCACUGUUGAAUCGACGAGCGGCAUCUGGAAUAAAAUGCUCUUUUGGUGGGUGAACCCGCUCUUGUGGAAAGGUUCACGCAGCAUCCUACAGCCCCGUGAUCUGCAGACGAUCAACGAGAAGUUGCAUGGGGCUGCAUUGGAGAAGGUGCAUCCCGGUGUUCUGGCAGGAAUGGCCUACCAGGACCGAAGGUAUGGACUCUUUAUUGAACUCAUGCGUUCAUUUUGGUUACCGAUUGUGUCUGCGGGCUUCCCACGUUUGUGUCUCCUCGGCUUCACAUUUGCGCAACCAUUCCUGAUCAAUCGCACUGUCACUUUCGUUGGUCAACCACUGACACAAGAGACCGCGAAUGACGGGUAUGGCCUGAUCGGGGGGUUUGCUUUAGUAUAUAUUGGUCUAGCGGUUUCUACCGGGAUGUACGCGUACCUGAUGAACCAGGUCAUGAUCAUGGUUAGAGGGUGCCUCGUGACUACAAUUUACCGUCGGACCCUGGAGCUUAACACGCAUGACUUGGAUGAGUCUGCUGCCGUCACGCUCAUGAGCACUGAUGUUGAGCAGGUCAUGCUUGCCUUUGAAGAUGCUCACGAGGUGUGGUCCAAUCUCGCCCAGAUUGGUUUGGCAAUAUGGCUUCUGGAGCGGCAAGUAUCAUGGGCAUGCGUCGCUCCGAUAACAGUUUCAUUAGCGAGUGUUGUUGUGUCCGGACUAUUGGCCCCUUUAGUGGGUAAAGGACAGAUGCAAUGGAAUGAGGCAGUCCAAACCAGGAUUGAUGUAACGGCACGGACUUUGGGCCAGAUGAAGGAAUUAAAAUUGCUGGGUCUGACCGAUAAAUUAACAACGCUCAUUCAAAAGCUGCGAGCCGCAGAGAUUCAGAUAUCUACCAAGUACAGAAUCAAAUUGAUGACGAUUCUAUCAAUCUCUCAAGUUGCGCCCAUCUUUGCCCCCGUCGCAACAUUUGCUUUGUACGCGAUCGUCGCUGCAGUAAGCUCCCAUCAGUCUCUACUGUCGGCCCAGGCCUUCACGUCAUUGUCCCUGAUCUCUAUCCUCUCAACUCCAAUCGUGACCUUGACCCAAUCUGUGCCGAUUAUUGCUGCUGGAAUGGGGGCCUUGUCACGGAUUCAAGAGUACCUCUCAACGACACCACGCCAGGAAAGAAGGAAUUUGGAUAUGGCAGUGCAAGAUUGCAAAAGCUCGAGUCAAAUUGGCGAGAAAAAUCACUACCUUGCGAAAUCCGGGAGUGGAGAAAAGGGCCACCCAUGUGCAGUCACCGUCCAGAACGGAAAAUUUGGCUGGGAUGACGCUGCACCAACCCUACGGGACAUUCAUUGCGAAUUCCCAACCUCGUCAUUGACAAUCAUCGUCGGACCUAUCGGAUCGGGAAAGACAAGUCUAUUACGAGCUCUUCUGAAUGAGUUGCCUAGUAUAGAUGGACAAGUCACAAUCCACGGCCCAUCCCUGGCAUUCUGUGACCAAAAUCCAUUUCUAGUGCACGCAACAGUGCAGAAGAACAUCAUUGGAGAAUCUGCCUUGGACUCUGAAUGGUACAAGACGGUUCUAAAGGCCUGUGCAUUGGACGUCGAUCUGGCGUUGCUUCCACUCGGAGAUCUUACUAUGGUUGGUAGUAAUGGGAUGACAUUGAGUCGAGGACAGAAGCAACGGAUAGCCAUUGCCAGAUCAGUUUAUGCAAAAGCAAGUAUCGUUCUACUGGACGAUACGCUAAGUGGACUUGAUCGACGCACCGAAAGGCAAGUUUUCAACCAAGUAUUUGGGAAGCAAGGCCUUCUCCGUCAGCUGGGUUCGACAGUGGUGCUAGUCACCCACGCAAAUUACCUUCUACCUCACGCUGAUCAGAUCAUCGUGCUCGGUAGCGAUGGUAGGAUCGAAAGCCAAGGAAGCUACCAGAGCUUGCGAUCGAGUGAUGGCUAUGUACAGAGUCUGUCUAUUGAAGAGGAUACAGCUGGUACCUCCGAGGACGGCAUUGAAAAGACGGACGCCAUUCCUUCCACACAAGAUGAUAUUUCACGAGAAGCAGAGAUCGACCUGAAAGAGCGGCAAACUGGUGAUAGAUCCGUUUACGUGUAUUACCUGCAAGCUGCAGGAAAGGCCAACUCGCUCUUCUUCUUGGUAUACGUUGCCAUAGUCGCUUUCUGCUAUAACUUCCCCAAUCUAUGGGUACAGUGGUGGUCUGAUGCCAACGAAAAAAACUCGAAUGCCAACCUCGGAUUGUACUUGGGAGUCUAUGUUGCACUUGCAGUAGCAGCAAUUGUAUUCCUUAUUCUAGCAUGUUGGUGUCUCAUGGUGAGAAUGGUCUCCAGAUCAGCGCUGAGACUACACAAAACUGUUUUAAGAACAGUAAUGAGGGCGCCUCUGUCAUUCUUUGCCGGUACUAGUUCUGGUGCCAUUACAAACAGGUUCAGUCAAGACAUGCGACUCAUUGACAUGUCAUUACCAAUGGCGACCAUAAAUACUACAUUGUAUGCUGCAUCAUGUGUUGUGCAGAUAAUUCUUAUAUCGAUUUCAUCCAAGUACAUGGCUGUGACUAUCCCCUUUGCCUUAGCCGUCAUAUACUUCGUGCAAAAGUUCUAUCUUAAGACCUCGCGCCAGCUGCGGCUCCUAGAUCUGGAAGUCAAAUCGCCUCUUUACUCAAAUUUCAUCGAAACACUGAAUGGCCUCGUAACCAUUCGAGCAUUUGGGUGGUCAGCACAGCUGCAAGAGCUGAAUACCAAGCUGCUCGAUGAGUCACAGAAACCAGUCUACCUGCUCUAUUGCGUACAGCGAUGGCUGACUCUGGUAAUGGAUAUGCUGGUGGCCUGUUUGGCCAUUGUUCUCAUCAUUUUAACUGUUUUCCUGAAAGGGUCAACCAGCGGAGGCGCGAUUGGAGUAGCAUUGGUGAACAUCAUGACUUUUAACCAAGGCUUGACCAACAUGAUUAAGUGGUAUACAUCACUCGAAACUGCUCUGGGAGCCAUCUCGAGGGUCAAGAAAUUCGAAAGUGAAACCAUGUCCGAAGAACGAACCACCCCGACGUUGGGGGUUGUGGACCAAAAAUGGCCUCGUUCCGGUGCGAUUGAGUUCCAAAAUGUGUCAGCAUCCUACGGUGACGAGUCUUCAUUGGCGCUCAGAAACAUUUCGAUGUCUAUUCAGGCAGGUCAGAAGAUUGGUAUAUGUGGUCGCACCGGCAGUGGAAAGAGUUCUUUGAUUCUGGCUCUCUUCCAGAUGAUAGAGCUCUGUAGUGGAUCCAUCCUGGUAGAUGGAAUAGACCUCUCGACCUUGCCCCGGGAGGCCGUCCGCUCUGGCUUUAAUUCCAUCACACAAGAGCCCUUCUUUAUACCGGCGACUGUGCGCAUGAAUCUUGACUUUACCGAAUCUCUACCCGACAAAGCCAUCAUCGAGGCUCUCCAGAAGGUCAAACUGUGGGAUUUUGUCGAGGAACGUGGGGGACUGGAUUCGAAGCUGGUCGCAGAUUCGUGGUCACUGGGCCAACAACAGCUUUUCUGUCUUGCGAGAGCACUGCUCCGGGAUAGUCAUGUUCUCAUCCUUGAUGAAGUUUCUAGCAGUGUUGACUCGGAAACAGACAAACUGAUGCAAGCCAUCAUUCGCACCGAAUUUGCCGGCUCUACCGUCUUCUCCAUUGCGCAUCGUCUCGAUACUAUCCUGGACUUUGACAGGAUUGCAUUUUUGGAUAAAGGUUCUCUAGUCGAGUUCGACAGCCCCACAAAGCUUUUAGCAAAGGGUCCGUCAUCCUCGGCUUUUGCCAGGCUCUACAAUGGCCUGCCGGAUCAAGGAUUUAGUAAGCCCUGCCAGGGCAAUUUUGCUACGGGAGUAUCCGAUAUGUCAAGUGAUAGGCAGUCCUGAAUGGUUAUUUCAGGGGAAGAUGUGCAAUCGAUUAUAAGCUAGCUAGAAGGUGGUCUAGUCACCUAAUUUGAAGUUAUUCAACUUAGUCCAUCUCUGCUGGCCCCGCGGGGUCGUGUCCGGGUUCAUUUUGGAUUGAUGCAGGAACCCUAGAGCGGAGUUAGACUUCAGGUCUAGACUCACCUGGGAGAUGUUCGCGAACCGUCACUUCUAAUGUAUCUCUCUACUCACGUCGGCUGUCAGAGUAGAGAAAUUCUUUCUGACCGUCCGAGUCCGAGAGGGAGAAAAUUGCAAGGUUUAAGAUCCGUACCAGAGCGCACCUAUUCACCGCACAACCGGAGCGGUCGCCAAAAAUGUCCACCAGGUAGCCCAUGAUUGGGGUGGUGCUACUCGAUAUCGAAAAGCUGCACAGCACGGUAGCGAGGGUCGGGACGAUCCAGUGAUAGCGCUUCUCGAGAGACCAGCCGUACAGCAGCAGGCCGACGGGGCAGGAGACCAUGGCUUGACCAGUUCGUCAGCAGCGAGGGGCUGUCUCGUCCGCAUCUCGGGCAGCAAUGACGGGGAUUGCUUCCUUCGCCGGGCCGGAGGCCCAUCUUCCCCUACUUCCGCGGGUGUUGAAGGAGCAGGGGCGCUGCUGAUCUUUCCCAACUCCAGGUCUUUGCUGGACCCCGGCAUGACGGCCACGUUCGGUGGACAGAGGGGGAGAAAAGAAGAACCAGAUGAAAAAAGAAUAAUGGGAGGAAGGGGAAGAAAAGGCCGGACGGCAAUCCAGAUAUAAAUGAGAACUUCCAAGGCCCUUAGCGCUGUGAGUUGGCUGGAUAGGGUUACAUUGAUAUCUGCAAAUACGGAAUUUCGCGAGCCUCUCCAGUCUGCCAGAGCCGCGGAUAUUUGCACAGGCUGGUGCUAGACCUUUUUGGACCGUAUCCAUGCAAAUGAGCCCUGUGCACUGUUCUGACUGCGGGCAUCUCCGCCGGUGAUCACAUAUAUAGCAUAUAUAGGCUACAUAUAAGCUACCCCCGGGUCGAGGUCCCUGGGGGCCCGUAUAUUGGAAGUCGA